AUGGUUCUCAGCACCAGGCGGGGCUCGCGUCGCGCUCCUCCGCCCCGGCCUCGGCGGCCCCGCGGACCUGGCCCCGGACCCGCGCCCAGGCCUUGCCCGGCCGGCACGGCCCCGCCCGCGCCCCCGCGCCGCAACCCAGCCGCUCCACUGCGGCACCGGCACCCGCGUCCUCCGGGGUCCGGAUGGCAGCGCGGGGGGCCGGGAGCCGGCGGAGGCGGCCGGGGACCCCGCCUCGACACCGCGCGCGGCCGCGACACCGGACCCGCUCCCCGGGGACAGCGGACGGCCCGAGGCGCAGGCUUACCGAGCAGGUGGCUCCUGCGCUCUGCACCCUCUGCAAUGCGCGCCGCGGCUCGACGCCGCGGUCCCGGAGCUCGGCGGGGCUCGGCGGGGCUCGCGCUCGGCGGCGGCGGCGGCGGCUCCGGAGCUUCUGUCCAAGGUUCUGCAGGCGCCGCGGCCCCGCCCCCCGCUCGGCCGCCUUCGCCGCCGCCGCGCCCGCGCCCGCGCCCGCCCCGGCGCGCACCUCAGCGGCCUCCCUCUCGGGCGCGCGCGCGGGCCACGCGCAGGCCCGGCCAGGCCUGGUCUCGCCCGGGAACCGGAGCGGCCGCCGUGCUCAGCACCAGCUGCGCGCGGUGCUGGCAGCGACACGGCCGCGAGCCCCAGGCGCCGCUCUACUCGCCGCGCCCCAUCCAGGACCCGGGCUCGGGCGGCGGGUACUCGCGGCACCGCCCCGCCCCGCUCCGCGGGGCAGCCCCACUACCGCACUGCUCGCCGCCCUCUCGGCGCCGCCCCGCCAGCAACAGCCCGGCCGUGCGAGAGUCGCGGGUGCAUCGCGCAGCCGAGCUCGGGCGGGUCGGGAAGCUCCGGGCGGGGCGGGGCCGAGGGCCGACCCCGCCCUCCGCCCCGCCCAGACACGUGCUGCCUUUGUUCCCGCCGCGGCGCCGGCAGCUGCGGGCCCCGGGGGCGCUCUCGGCCGCGUCCCCGCCCUGGCCGCCAGAGAAGCCGUCCACGGAGGUUAGGACCCCGAGCAGCCUCCUUCCAUUUAACCUCCUCGUCCCCGGGGAAGGAAGCUAG